CAGAGACGUAUGCUGUCAUGCGCACAGCCAGCAGGAAAACAGCAUGACAGGGCAUGAAGCUGCGGCGAGCUAACAUUAUGUUAAGUCACUGACAGCCUGGAUUAAAGUUUUGUGAUUUUGUUACUCAUCUUUUUAUGAACUUUGAAUCACCAACAAAACCAUGUUUCGGCAAACGAGGAGGCUAAUCCACAAAGUUCACCGUCUGAGUAGAUUCCACAGACAGGGUUAUUCAUGGAGGCUGAAGAGCACUUCAGUGCAGGAGAGGGCUCUUCAAUUCCAACCUGAACAGAAAAUCCAUGGCUUUACUGUCCAAGAGGUUGUAGCGGUACCUGAUUUGUUUCUCACUGCAGUGAAACUGACACAUGAUAAAACUGGAGCUCGGUAUCUGCAUGCAGCAAGAGACGACUCCAACAACCUCUUCAGUGUCCAGUUCAGGACGACCCCCAUGGACAGCACAGGGGUCCCACACAUUCUGGAGCACACAGUGCUCUGUGGAUCCCAGAAGUAUCCCUGCAGAGACCCCUUCUUCAAAAUGCUCAACAGGUCCUUGUCCACCUUCAUGAAUGCAUUCACAGCCAGCGACUACACCAUGUAUCCUUUUUCAACCCAAAAUGGAAAGGACUUCCAGAAUCUUCUGUCUGUCUACCUGGAUGCAGUUUUCUUCCCUUGUUUGCGAGAGCUGGACUUCUGGCAGGAGGGUUGGAGGCUGGAGAAUGAAGUCCCCACAGAUCCAAACUCACGUCUGGUGUUUAAAGGAGUGGUGUUCAAUGAAAUGAAGGGAGUGUUUUCAGACAACGAGCGUUUGUAUGAGCAGCACCUCCAGAACAAGCUGUAUCCAGACCACACCUACUCUGUGGUGUCAGGAGGAGAACCGCUUGCCAUUCCUGAUCUGACCUGGGAGCAGCUUAAACAGUUCCACGCCACACACUAUCACCCCAGCAACGCAAGAUUCUUCACGUAUGGAGACUUGCCUUUGGAGCAACACCUGAAGCAGAUUGAAGAAGAAGCUCUGUCCAGGUUUGAACGCAUCGACCCGGACACCCAGGUCCCAUCGCAGGCACAAUGGACAAGCCCCAGAGAGGAUCAUGUGACCUGCAGUCCUGAUGUUCUGGCUCCAGAUCCAAACAGGCAGAACACUUUGUGUGUGAGCUACCUGCUGGGAGACAUCACGGAUACAUUUGAAGCAUUCACCCUCAGCCUGCUGUCUUCUCUGAUGAUCUCUGGACCAAACUCUCCCUUCUACAAAGCUCUCAUCGAACCCAAGAUUGGAAACGACUUCUCCUCUGUCGUCGGGUAUAACAGCAGCACCAAAGAGGCGUCUUUCAGUGUCGGACUGCAGGGAAUCUCAGAGGAGGACACAGAACGGGUCAAACACAUCAUCAGUCAAACCAUCGACGAAAUCAUAGAGAACGGCUUCAAAGAGGAGAGGAUUGAGGCGCUCCUCCAUAAGAUUGAGAUCCAAAUGAAACACCAGUCAACCAACUUCGGCCUGGCUCUGGCCUCGUAUAUCGCACCAUCGUGGAACCAUGAUGGCAACCCGGUGGAGCUGCUGCAAGUCAAUGAGAACGUUUCUAAGUUCAGACAGGCACUGAAAGAAAACCCCUGCUUCCUACAGGACAAAGUCCAGCAUUACUUCAAGGACAACACUCACAGACUGACGCUGUCCAUGAGUCCAGAUGAGGCCUACCUGGACAACGUGAUCAACGCAGAGGAGGAAAAACUGCAGAAAAAGAUCCGAAGGCUGUCUGACAGCGAGAAAAAGGAACUCUAUGAGAAAGGUUUGGAGUUGUUGGAGACUCAGAGUAAGAUUCACGACGCCUCCUGUCUGCCUGCACUCAAAGUGUCAGACAUCCAACCCACAAUCCCCAUCACUCCGAUACAGAUCAGUACUGCAGGUGGUGUGCCUGUGCAGUCCUGUGAGCAGCCCACGAACGGUCUGGUUUACUUCAGAGCCAUGUGCACUCUCAACUCGCUGCCAGCGGAGCUCAAGAUUUACGUCCCACUCUUCUGCAGUAUUCUGACCAAGAUGGGCGGUGGAGCUCUGGACUACAGACAACAGGCCCAGCAGAUGGAGCUGAGGACGGGUGGCAUGUCUGUCUCCACACAGGUCAUCCCUGACUCCUCCCAGCUGGACACGUACGAGCAGGGCAUCCUCCUGGCCUCCUCCUGCCUCGACAGGAACCUUCCUCACAUGUUUCAUCUGUGGAGCGACAUAUUCAACAGCCCUCACUUCGAAAACAAGGAGCGUCUCCGGGUGCUGGUGAUGAUGUCAGCACAGGAGCUAGCCAAUGGGAUCUCUUACUCUGGUCACAUGUAUGCUAUGACCCAGGCAGGGCGCCACCAGACUGCGGCAGGAGAUCUCCAGGAGGCCUUUAGCGGGAUCGAACAGGUGAAGUUUAUGAAGCGGAUCGCUGAAAUGUCGGAUCUCUCUUCAGUCAUCCGAAAACUCCCCAGAAUCAAAAAGCACCUCCUGAACCCUCUCACCAUGAGGUGUGCUGUCAACGCACCUCCACAAAAAAUGUCUGAGUCCAUCACACAUUUGGAAAAUUUCCUGCAGGAAAUCUCCGGAAACAGGAAAGAGCACAAACCUGCCAGAGCCAAUGUUAUCGAGAGACCACUGGACCCUCACAAUGUCUCUGGACCUGGAUCUGGAUCAAGUCGGAAACUGGUCUCCGAGCUGAACUUCCAGCCAUGUCCCAUGAAAACUUUCUUCCCGUUUCCUUUUUCCUGUAACUUUGUCAGCGAGUGCAUCCGAGCGGUGCCAUUCAGCCACGACGACUAUGCCAGCCUGUGCGUCUUGGCGAGAAUGAUGACAGCAAAAUUCCUUCACGGAGAGAUCAGAGAGAAGGGCGGAGCUUAUGGGGGUGGGGCCAGGAUGGGCGGAGGUGGCUUGUUCUACUUUUACUCCUACAGGGAUCCAAACUCAGUGCAGACUCUGUCAGCAUUCCGUAAAGGUGUCAACUGGGCCCGGACGGGUCAGUUCACAGAGGAGGACAUCGAUGAGGCCAAGCUGUCCGUCUUCUCUGCGGUCGACGCCCCCAUCGCACCAUCAGACAAAGGAAUGGAUCACUUCCUCAGCGGGAUCACAGACGAGAUGAAACAGAACCACAGAGAGAAACUCUUCGCUGUCAAUCACAAAGACCUGGUGGGCGUGGCUGAACGGUACCUCAACGUGGGUCAGAGGACAGGCGGUGUCACCAUUCUGGGUCCAGACAACGAGACGAUUAACAAAGAUCCCUCAUGGAUUGUAAAAUAAUGUGACAAAAACAAACUCCACUUCCUGUUUACUGAACUAAAAAGAAAAAAGUCAUGGUGUUCAAAAAAAAAAUCAGUGUUCUAGAAUUUGUUUCUACGCAUUCUGUGAUAUUUGUAUUUAUAACAAUGAGAUUAAAAAUUUAAGUGUUAGUAA